GGUGGGCUCUACGUCAUCAAAAUCAGACCCACAGCUGCGCCACAACGAUGACGAAGAAACGAAGGCAACAACAGCGAGGCAGCGACUCAGCAGAGAAGCGGCAGAAGCAAGUAAAAUCCACAUGCCAGCGGACUGGCUGCCUCAAAUGUUCAUGAAACGCGGACGCGUGUGGACGUAUUUUGCGCGGAGCCGCUUCGAGAAAAAUAUUGUGAAUCCGAAUCGGUUUAUUCGGUUUAAUCGGUUUAUUCGAAACGAAUUCACGGGCCGUGCAUGUGUGAAAGUGAAAACGAAAUAAAGAAUGAAAAUGAGCACGGUGCAUGAGUUUCCUUGACGUUAGCUUCGGAAAAUCCAUCCCAAGAAAACUGAAAGAGCGUGCGAAAGCAGAAAGGCCAAUUUUCCGACCCAAAACGUGUGCCCCACACCCAAUUGAAAUGUCCGCCAAGACGUCGCCAUCGUCCACUUCUCGGGACGCCAACGUGGGAUCCUCGAGUGCGAUUCCCGUGCAGAUCAAAAAGGAGCUGCCCAGCGAUGAGAUAAAGGAAUUCGCGCACAACACCAUGAACGAGCUGCUCGGCUGGUACGGAUUCGAGGGUGUCGACGUGGAUCGUCUGGAUCUGACCGCCAAGACGUCCCGCCUGCUGCAAAGUGCCGCUGCUGCCGCGGUGGCAAGUCAGCAGCAACAGAACCACCACCACCAACAACUCCACCAGGAUCAGAGUCUGGAGAGGAAGCGGGGCAGCUUGCUGCGCAGCAGUCGCAGCUCCUUGGCAGCAGCCUAUCACAACAACAACAACAACAACAACGGCAGCAGCAACAAGAACAAUGGGGAAGCUGGAGGAGCAAUCGGAGUCAGAAUCGGAGGAGGAGGAGGAGGAGGAGGAGGUGGAACUGGGAGUGGGAGUGGUGGUGGCCGAAAGGGCGGUCUGCUCAACUGCAGUAGCACCACCACCACGCCCUCGGAUCACGACACUCGCAGCUCGCGGGAGGAGGACUCCAAGAGUCCGCACUCCGUCGGAAAACCAGCGGGAAACUCGCACACGGAGGAGAAAAUAGACUUUAGCAACUGCUGCUGGUGCCAUCGACCGAUCGCGGAGAACGCGCCAGAUUACCUGACCAGCUGCGACGGACCGCGGUACUGCUCGGAGUCGUGCUUCGCCCAGAGCCGGAGGGCCUCCUUCAAGAAGGCCAAGACCUGCGACUGGUGCAAGCACGUGCGGCACGCAGUGAGCUACGUGGACUUCCAGGACGGCGCCUCGCAGCUGCAGUUCUGCUCGGAGAAGUGCCUCAACCAGUACAAGAUGCAGAUCUUCUGUCACGAGACGCAGGCGCACCUGGACAUGCACCCGCACCUGCGGGACCAGGCCCUGGAUGCGGGCAGCGAUGCCGGGCUUAUUACGCCGGAUCUGUGGCUGCGCAACUGCCGGAGUCGCUCGGCCUCGCCCGCCUCCACGCUCUCGGUGUCGCCGGGUCCGGCUGUUCCGGCUACCAGUCGCUGCUCGGACUCGCCGCCGCCGCUGCCGCCUCCUAGUCAUCAUCACCAUCCCAGCAAACCCCUGAUCUCAGUGGCGCCCGUCUCCAAGUUGCUGGCCCAGAAGAGUCCCGGUCCAGCCGGAGUGCCGCCUCCGCCGCCGCCGCCUGUCCAGCGGCACUUGAGUGGCAAGUUGGGUCGGCGGAAGCGGCGAGGUCUCUCCUCCUCGUCGGGAUCGGAAACGGUGGCCAGUUUGCUGCAGAAGCAGCAGCAACAUCAACAGCAACAGCAACAGCAACUGCAACAGCAGCAACAUCAGCCCACUUUAACGGCUGACUUUGCGGGAUCCAGUGUUCCACUGCCGCCCAUCUCGCCCAUGCCAAAUAUCCAGGAGCCACCGCAGCAGCAACAGCCGCAGCAGGCUCCUCCUCCGCCACAAUCUCUGCCCAGAGGACCCACGGCAAUCCCGGCCAGCUACUUCGCCACGCCCUCGAACGGUGUGCCCAUGGGCCAUCCCUUUGGGGGUCGUCCUCCGCCGCCACCGCAUCACUUCAUGCCACCGCCUCCGCAUGGCAUGAUGCCCCGGGGAUUCGGUCAUCCCUUUGGGCCACCGCUGCCUCCGCAAAUGCCCGAGCUGGGCGCCCUUUUGGGAGCUGUUCCUCCGGUCACGGUGAUGGUGCCCUAUCCGAUCAUCAUACCCCUGCCGAUACCCAUACCCGUUCCCCUGCCAGUGGUGGAUUUCUACAAAGCUCACCUGACGCCCGAGCAGAGGAAGCGUUUUGACGAGGAGCGAGCUGCGCCCAGCGGAGCUGAGAGCCAAGCGGAGCAGGAGCAGGAGCAACCGCAGCCGCUGGACUGCAGCAAGACUAGGAGUGAGCAGGAGGAGGAAAAGCCAGAGGUGGAGCCACCACAGGAGCAGCCAGAAGAGCUGGCAAACGAACAGGAAGCGGAUGAAAAGGAAUCCAUACCAAAGACAAACCCAGAGAGGGAGAGCACUCCAGCCUCGCCGGCAAUCUCGCAGGAGUCGUCGUCCUCGCCGCAGGAGACGCACUGCAUCGUGCGGGACUCGGGACAGUCCGAGACGGAGGCGGACAGCCAGAAGCUGCCCAAGCUGAAGAUCACGCGGCUGCAAACCAAACGGACGCUCAUCCAAACCAAAGAGGCGGCGGCCGAGUGCAGUCGACCGCUGCGCAAGCGCAAGAGGAUCAUCGACUGCGAUUUCCAGAAGAUGGCCGUCAAGGAACCGGAAGUGACCGCCGAUGGCCAGCAGAGCAGCGGCGUCAUCAAGGAGCCCGAUGAGGAUGCAGAGUGCAAUAUGAGCAGCAGCCACAGCAACAGUGGCCAUGCUAAAGCUAAAAAAGUAGACUUAGGCCUUAGGACUUACCCUUUAAAAGUAGUAGGAUGUAUUUAUCUAUGUACGUGUGAGUGUGUCAGUGUGUAUGUGCAAGCGGAAGCGGAAAUGAAGUCCAUAAAGAGAGAGAUAGAGAGAAAGAGAGCUAGUGGAAGGCACAAAGUGCAUGCGGUAAUCAGAAUUAAAUCUUAAUAAACUAAAGCAUAACUUAUUAGAA